UUGCUAUCAGCAACAAGUAAAAGUAUAAAUAAAUCUAAAUAUAUUAGUUACGCCAAAAUCCCUAGGAAGUGUAUUUUAAAGGCACAAAAGAUACAAAAUGAAAAAUAUAUCUUAGGCUCAAAUAAUAAAGGUAAAGCUAUAUGGAAUGUUAUAAAAACAAAUAUAACUAAUAGGAAAACUAGUAGAGAAAUAGACACCAUAACUCACAAUGGAAGAACCCUUAUAGAAGGAUGUGACAUUGCAAAUGGGUUUAAUAAUCUUUUCAUAGAUUUGACAAAUAAAGACAAACUGAAUAUGUCGAAUAAUUGUACCGGUGGGCAAAAUUCGAACAAUAUUUCUAAUCAUAACAAAAACUGUAAUAAUAAUAAUUCUUUUCUCCAUCAGACCGUAAAAAUUUGCUACUAUACAUGGGCAUUUCAGGUGUUUGUCUUAAUUGAAUCUCUUUGCAAGCAAAUUGGUGAUCGAAGAGUACAAAAGGUAUUGCAACUUUGA